AUGGGCCUGCGAGAUAGGCUCAUGAGGAGGGACGAUAGCAGCGCAGAGCACAACCCCGCCGCCGCCACGGAAAAGACCAACAACAUCAUCGGUCAAAACGGCUAUGUUCCCGAAUUUACCUUUGUACGGUCCGACACAGCUUCCAUGGAGGUGAUACAUCCUGGCGACGAAAAACUCAGCAGCAACAGGAGUCCUCCGCGGCAUAACGCCCCCGCGCCCCACGACAACGACGACGACGAUAGCCCUGCGCAACACCUCUCUCCCUCCAAAGAACCAGGUAGCGGUCUGCGCCGCAGCCUGUCCAUAUUCCACUCGAACCGCUCGCGCAGCGCCUCAGUGUCGUCGCAGGCCAGUACCCAGUCGAGCAGCGGCACCCGCCGUCGGCGCCUCUCGGAGCGACUGCACCUGCGACACCGCCAGCCGGAGUCGUCGGACAGCGUGCCCGACAACCUGCCAGCGAUCACGGUGGGCACAGCCGACGAGGCGCAGUGGGAGCAGCGGGCCACGCUGCUGGCCGAGCAAAACAAGAUUGCGCGUAGCGCGCCGGGGUCUCCCAGCCUGGAGGGCAGUAUGGCGAGCUUGAAUAUUGCGCCUACGGCGGCGGUGGGCAGUGGUACUCCGUCGGCGGAAGGUGGCCGGAGUAGAUCGCGGAGCAACUCGCCGGGGUUGGCGCCGCCGAAAGCUGUAUCGUCGAAAAAGAUUGACGAUGCUAUUCAAGAGGCGAUUCGACUGCACGAGGCCGGCGACGUGGCGCAGUCGACGGCCAUCUUCGAAACUUUAGCUGACCCUCAGGGCGCCAAUAGUCCGCUGAGCCAGGUCAUGUUCGGGAUGGCCUUACGGCACGGUUGGGGAUGCAAGCCAGACACGGAGCGGGCCGUCACGUACAUCUCAGCCGCGGCGUCCAACGCGGCCACCGUCGAGGCCAUGGCCCUCCAAGCGGGCAUCAAGCGCGGCGGCGCGGCCAAGGGCGAGCUCGUUCUCGCAAUUUAUGAGCUGGGCAACUGCUUCCGCGACGGCUUAGGCGUACCCAAGGAUCCCGUCGGCGCCAGGCAGUAUUACGAAACAGCGGCCAACCUCGGCGAUACUGAUGCCAUGAACGAGGCGGGCCGGUGCUACCUCCAAGGCUUUGGCUGCAAAAAGGACAAGUUUACAGCAGCUCAGUACUAUCGCUUAGCAGAAAAGGCAGGCAACAAGACCCUAGGCAACUCAUGGUAA